UACAGUUAGUUACCGUAAUACGAUUUCUGUUAUAUAAAUUCGUAGUGGUUUUGUUUUAAUUUUAUUCAACAAUAAAUGCUGUUAAUUUCACAAACGUAAUAGAGCACUGCAAGUAAAUACGCUGAUAUCGAACAAGUUAUAAUACAACAAGUAACACAACAUAUUAUACCACAGACCAUAGCACAGCUUACAGGCUUGUAGAGUUUUCAUAGUUUUCAUGGGAAACUUACACACAUAUAUGAAAUAAAGAACGCAUUUGUGCAUACAUCUGUCCAGAUUCGAGAUGGUCAUUGGAGUUGAUUACAUAAAGCUAUUGGUAACUCGGAGACAUUACGCCCAAAGUGUUUGUUGGAAAAGUUGCUUACGGAAAUCUAAAUGAAUUAUUUUUAAGUCAGUGGACAGAAAAAAAUACAAAAUUAACUGUCUGCUACGUAAAAUCGAUAAGCUCGAGCACAUCAAUUCAAGUAGUGUAAUUGUGUUUUGACAUUUCCAUAACCGUCACCGCCACCGUCAUCUUCACCAUCAAAGGCGAACGUCACCACCUCAUUGUCACAACAUUAAUUUGCCAAAAUGUCAUUCCUUAAUAAAUUAAAGUCCACACCAUUGCCGCCAAUUAAAAAUAUUAUAAAUGUUGCCGUGCAAACAGCUCGUCAGCACAUUCCCGAGAAGAAGGACUACGAGCAACCAGGAGGUAACACAACAGAAGCGGCAGCGGCGCAACAAAACUUCAAUUCACAAGGAAUGUUUAAUGGAGGGGCUGGCGAGGGCCAAUAUCAAGCGCAAAUCGCUGAAAGGCCAACCGAAUUGAAUCCCUUUCGUAAUCCAAAUGGGUGGAAGGAUACCGACAAUACAGAAUACAAAAAUGAAGAAUAUCAGAACACUUCAUUUACAGCUAAUGAAUACGACGGACGUUAUCAACAAACGGAUGGAUUCAGACAAGGAAGUGUAGCUUCAGAGGGCAGCUCAUUUGUGUGCGAAGGUGAAGGUGGCGGUGGUACAAAUAUCGACGAAUUUCAGGCCGCUUGGAAUGUCACCAAUGCGAUUCAAGGAAUGUUCAUCGUCUCGCUGCCGUUUGCUGUACUGCACGGCGGUUAUUGGGCUAUCAUAGCAAUGGUCGGCAUAGCAUACAUUUGCUGCUAUACGGGAAAAGUGUUGGUGCAGUGCUUGUAUGAAACCGACCCGAACACCGGCCAAAUGAUACGAGUUCGUGACAGCUAUGUUGCCAUUGCAAAGGUUUGUUUUGGACCAAAAUUAGGUGCUCGUGCCGUUAGCAUUGCCCAAUUGAUUGAAUUGUUAAUGACAUGUAUUUUGUAUGUAGUGGUGUGUGGGGAUUUAUUGGCAGGCACCUACCCUCAAGGUUCUUUUGACUCUCGAUCUUGGAUGAUGUUCGUGGGAAUAUUCUUGUUACCAAUGGGUUUUUUGAAAUCUCUGAAAAUGGUAUCGACACUCUCAUUCUGGUGCACCAUGUCUCACAUUGUUAUUAAUGCCAUUAUUUUGGGCUAUUGCAUAUUACAGAUUGGGGAAUGGGGUUGGUCCAAAGUACGAUGGAGCAUUGAUAUGGAAAACUUUCCAAUAUCAUUGGGCGUGAUUGUUUUCUCAUAUACAUCGCAAAUAUUUUUGCCUUCACUAGAAGGCAGUAUGAUCGAUCGUUCUAAAUUCAACUGGAUGUUGGAUUGGUCACAUAUAGCAGCAGCAAUUUUUAAAGCCGGUUUUGGCUACAUUUGCUUUCUCACUUUCCAAGAUGAUACGCAACAAGUAAUUACGAACAAUCUGCACUCACAGGGUUUUAAAGGAUUGGUGAAUUUCUUUUUGGUUAUAAAAGCACUACUUAGCUAUCCUUUGCCCUAUUACGCUGCCUGCGAACUGCUUGAACGUAAUUUCUUCAGAGGGCCACCAAAAACGAAAUUUCCUACAAUAUGGCAUUUGGAUGGGGAACUAAAAGUUUGGGGCCUUGGAUUUCGAGUCGGUGUGAUAGUUGCAACAAUUAUGAUGGCUAUUUUCAUACCACAUUUUUCAAUUCUAAUGGGUUUCAUUGGUAGCUUCACCGGGACUAUGCUGAGCUUUAUCUGGCCUUGUUAUUUUCAUUUGAAAAUAAAAGGCCAUCUAUUGGAUCAAAAGGAAGUUGCAAAGGAUUACCUCAUCAUCGCUCUGGGAGUCUUGUUUGGCGUAAUAGGCAUUUACGAUUCUGGCAAUGCAUUAAUUAACGCAUUUGAAUUGGGGCUACCAUUUUAAGAGGGUUGCUCUUACUGGGCACAAAUACUAUAGAAUAUUCCAUAAGAUUCCUCGGUGUGUCAUUAAAUAAAAAAAUAAUAUUAGAAAGCACAGAUCGUAUAUUGCCAAAGGCGAACAAACUCAUGAAAUUUGUUUCCGAAUUCCAUAUAAAAAAAACUAUAAUAAGUUUGUAAUUGGGGAAAUUUAUGUUGCAUUAAGAAAUUAAUUAAAUGUGCUUAGUAUUUACUUAAAUGAUAAGUCAAAACAGACAUUUUGAACAAAAUGAAACGAAAACGAAGUCUUCCAAAAUAAUGUUGUAAAUGAGAUAUUUCAUAAACAUUAUAUAAAUACUUAUUUAUAAUUAUACAAAGUAAGAUAGCCUGCAAAAGGAAAAGUGAAAAAUGUCUUCCAAAACGAUUUAACACAUAUAUAUACAUACAUAUA